AUGGCAUUACCAUCACAUAUUCUAACUCUUCUUUCUCUUUCUCUUCUCAUCUCACUCGUCCGACCACAAGUCGAUCCAUCUCAGCAACUUCAAUUCCUAAACCGCGGCGACUUCGGAUACUCCAAAGUAGAGUACGGCGCAAGCUACAGAGACGUAGGUGUCAUCCGUAAUCACUUCCGUCUAUGUUUCUUCAACACCACGCCAAAUGCAUACACACUCGCCAUAGGUAUAGGAACAGGAACUUCUGACUCCAUCAUCCGUUGGAUUUGGCAAGCUAACCCUCAAAACCCAGUCCAUGAAGAGGCCUCUCUCUCCUUCGGACCAGAGGGAAACCUUGUUCUAGCUCAACCAGAUGGUAGAGUAAUCUGGCAGACAAACACAGAAAACAAAGGCGUUAUUGGUUUAACCAUGAACGAGAACGGUAAUCUUGUGUUGUUUGAUGAUGGAGGGUGGCCUGUGUGGCAGAGUUUUGAUUUUCCGACAGAUACACUCUUGGUUGGUCAGUCUCUUACACUUAAUGGCUCUAACAAGCUUGUAAGCCGUGAUAAUGGGUUAUAUACUCUUACCUUAGAGCCUAACCGGCUCGUUCUAAGUCAUUUAAUCUCUAGGAGUAACAAUAAGACCGUUGUUUAUAACGUUAUAGAAGGUCGGUUUAAUCCAAGCACGACGUUCUACGCGGUUAAAGACCAAGGAACCGCGACUCAGUUGGGUUUAGCCACUCCUGGUCUUAGGCCUGAGUUUCCUUACAAGCAGUUUCUUGCUAGGGCUAGGUUUAAUGCCUCGCAGAGUUUCCUCAGGCUUGACGCUGAUGGAAACGUUAGAAUCUACACUUUUGAUUUCAAGGUUAGAUUUCUUGCGUGGGAAGUAACGUUUGAGCUUUUUAACCGCGGAAACAACGAGUGUUGGUUACCGUCGAGAUGUGGAGAGUUUGGGCUUUGUGAGGAUAAUCAGUGUGUGGCUUGUCCGUCGGGUUUGGGCCUAUUGGGCUGGAGUAAGGGUUGUAAGGUCAAGAAGGUGAAGAGUUGUGAUCCAAAGACGUUUCGUUAUUAUAGACUUGGUGGUGUUGAUCAUUACAUGACUAAGUAUAACGUUGGUGUUGCUGUUGGAGAGAGUAAGUGUCGUGGUUUGUGUAGCGGGGACUGUAAAUGUUUGGGGUAUUUUUAUGAUAAGAGUAGGUUUAAGUGUUGGAUUAGCUAUGAGCUUGGUACUUUAGUUAAAGUGUCUGACUCUAAGAAAGUGGCUUAUAUAAAAACCCCUAAUGUUUGAUUUCUAUCGACCCUGUUAACCUAAUUCAAUUGUCAAAUAAGUCGGAAUAAAUUCUUGUAAUUGUAACAAAAGUUUAAUGUUUGUUGUGAGAAAGAAACUGUAUCCAUUGACUACCUAUUGAAUGCAGA